AUGAAUAAAACUGAAUACAGAUUGCCAAAACUGAAUGACCCGCUUUGUGACACCAAUUUAAAUUCAUUAAAAUUCACUUACAAAAUACAAGAGAAUUUAAAUAAACUUGAAAAUCAAAUAAAUUUUAAACAUAAUCCCAAUGAUAAUGACAAUGAUGGGAAGAAUGAACCUGUACUCAAUCAACAAAAACCGUUUAUUUUAAAAUUUAUUGAACAUCAAAAUAGAUUGUGUAGAAAUACGGCUUCACAUAAAAGGAUAAAGAAGUAUUCAAUGGAAAAAAAGAAAUUACCAAUAGUAGAAUGUAUGCAGUGCUCUUUGACAAAUGUUCCGAAAACAAAAACACCGAAAGAAAUCAGUCAUAAUGAUAAAACUAGUCAAAAUAACAGUGAAAAGCUGGAUGGUAGACACUCAGAGAAAGACAGUGCGAAUAGCCCGAAAACGGUCACUGAAAGUAUACGAAUUACCUUUGGUGACGCUAAUAUUAAUGAAUGUGUAAAAACUGUUUCUUACCUAAACAAGAAACCAAUGAAACGAGAAGAAAUGGUGCUUUCUACUCAUCAAGGAGGACUAAACAUAAAUCCACAAAAGCGAACGUCGGAAAAUAAUAAGUCCGAUCCUAUCGACGAUACUGUUGACAGUCAGUACAAAGAGGGUGAUUUUGUCACCACUGGAAUUAAAGGACACAGAAAAUUAGACUUGAAUUUACUGAAGAGUCAAAGAGCGACUGUCGAAAGAAUACGUCCUACUUCAGGCUCAGGAAAACCUCCAGGUUGUUUAAAUACAACAAAAAUGUGUUGUCAACUGGGAACUCGUGAACCAUCUGAUCCAUGGUUUUCACUAGACCAUCUAAUAAUGAGAGAUACUGGAAGUAAGCCGAAGUUAUCCACAUUUUUGAAGAGAAAGAAAUUUAACAGCUGCAGUUUAGAGAACAUAAACAGUACUGAAUUAUUUCCUCUAAAAUGUGAAACCAUUUCUCACAACAGUUUACCAAAUUUGAAAUAUCAGACAAGUGGUGAUUUGGUAGUAAUUCAAAAUUAUUCAAGUUUACUAGAUGAAUUAACAUGUCAAAGAAAACUAGUAUUGAAAUAUAUUGGAAAUUACAAUAAGAGUGAACAAAUCACUUUUCCUGCAGAAGAAUCCGCUUUAUACAAGAAAGACAAUCAGAAAGAAGGCAUUAAUAAGCUGAGCACCUGUGCAGAGGAUCACUGUCCAACUCCACUGAAGCAUAUUAUAAAUGAAGAAAAGGUAGAAGAGACCAACUGUCAUGUCAAAGAAAUAAAUCUACCUGUGAUUCAAAACAAAUUUCGUCAUCGACAUUUCAAUCCUGAAAUCUACUAUGAUCUAAAUAUAUCAGUUGAUCAUUUUAUUGAAUUAAGCCAGAGAGAUGUAGAGAAAUGCAUUGAAAAUGAAAUAAGUAGAAUGAGAAUAGCCGUUGGGGAAAAUGAUGAAUAUGCUCAUUGGAGAAUAGUGGUCAAUAAACUGCCGACAGAUAUUAAACCAAUUUUAAAGUAUUUUAAAUCAAAUAUACAAAAAGAACAAUACAUUAAUUUCAAGCUCAUCGCUGAUGAAAUAGCAAGGCUUACACACGCAAUCAACACAAAUCCUUCAAAUAAAUCGGGAUUCGAUUUAUGUCGUCGAGGUGCGCUAUACAGAAAGAUUGGUAGAUUACAAGCAGCAAAAAUUGAUCUUGUUAAAUCGAUUGAAUAUGAACCGAACUUAUCAUCUGCUCAUUGGCAUAUUCAUUUUAUACACUUACUUGAAGGUAAAUUAGAAGAAGCAUUGAACGACUUGAAUCAAUGCAUGAAAUGCUUAAAUACUUUUAAUUUAAAUAACGAUACUACUAUUAAAGGUAGUGUUAGUAGCAGGAGAAAAUAUUCAAAAAAAGCUCAUCAAUUCUAUGAAAAUAUUCUUCAUUCAAAAGCUUUUAUCUAUUCUCUUAUGAAUAAUUGGAAACUAGAAGCUGAAGUAUGGACAAAUUUAAUACAGUUGAAUCCUACAUAUGAAUUGGCUUAUCUUAAAAGAGCUCAUGCUUAUCUUAAGUUGAAAAUGUUUCAACAUUCAAAUACUGAUUUUAUAAAAGUACUUUGUUUAAAUCCAAAAUCAGUUGAAGCUCAAUUUCAGUGCGGUUUAUAUAAAUAUUAUAACAGCAACUGGAGGAGAGCAGUGGAUUAUUUUCAAGAAGUCCUGAUGAAUAAUCCAACACAUUUUCGAGCACAUUAUUAUAUGGCUAGAAGUUUAAUUAAGCUGUAUAAAUAUGACAUAGCCUUAGCUGAACUAACAGCUUGUCUUUACUUUGAACCAAUGUAUUACAAGGCAUUGUAUACACGUGGAUGUUUGCUAGCUAAUGUUGAUCCAUUGCAAUCACUACGUGAUUUAACUAUGUGUAUAUGUGUGGGCAGUAAGAAAUAUCAGAGUUUGGCUUUUAUUCAACGUGGAUUACAGUUUUACCAAAUCAAAAAAUAUACAAUGGCGAUUCAUGAUUUUCAAUCAGCUCUUCACAAUGGACAUCAACAAUGUUUUGACGUGUAUCGUCUACUUGGAUUAAGCUACAUACGGAUGAAACUUUGGACAAGAGCUAUCCAGAUAUUGACAGCAGCAAUAAAAGUUCUGGACAAACCUAAUGAUAUUGUAAACAUUUUAUUGUGUAGAGCAGAAGUAUACAGUAGUCAAGGUCAAAAUGCAAAAGCAAUUAUGGAUGUACAACGUGUGCUACACAUGAAUUCCAACAAAGCUGAAUACUACUUACUGCUUGGAAGUUAUUUAUUCCAACACUCGGAUAUUCAGUUGGUUCAACGAUGUGUUCAACACUAUUUGAGGAUAUUAGAAAGCCAAAAUUAUAAACAGGUUAAACAGAUGGCAUUAUCCUAUUACUUUCUGGGAAGAUAUACUGAAGCAGACUUAGUUCUGUUAACCAAUCAAAAUCAACAUCAAUCUGACAUGGAGUGCAUUCUUCUGCAUGCUUUAACUUUGGAAAAACUUCAGAGAACAAAAGAUUCAGUUAGUUUAUUGGAGACUACUUUGAAAAAAUUAUUCAAUAGGCGAAUUUCAGAAAGAGCACAAAUCUAUGAUCACCUUGGCCAAUAUUAUAUGAAGUUGAAAAAGUAUUCAUCAGCUGUUGACUCUUUCACAAGAUCUAUUCAUUUGAACUCGGAACAACCACAUGUUUACUUGUAUCGUGCUCAAUCGAAUCUUCAUCUCAUAAUCUUACAAAGAAAAGGAAAGUCGAACUAUUUGAAGGAUUUAUCAAACGGCAUUAAUGAUAAUGUGUUAAACGAUAUUAGUCAAGCGUUGGUUCUACUCACUUCAAAAAGCAAAUCAAUCAGUGAAAUAUACUUUUAUGCACCAUUUGAAGUUGUGAAUUUAUUUGACCUGUGUUUACUGACACGAGUGGCAUAUUUUGGUCUGUAUCAAAGGUAUACAAAAGCUAUACUCAAUUGUAAUGAAGCUAUUUCAAGAAGGCCCGAAUGGACAAGAAUGUGGAUUAAUCGCGGUGUAUUUAAAUAUUUAUUGAAAACAUACGAUUUUUCAGAGUCUGAUUUGAAUAUGGCAGUAAAAACAGACAACUGUUGCCCAUUAGCUUAUUAUAAUCGUGGAUUAUGUCAUCAAACUCAAAACAACUGGAAUGAAGCUAUAGAAGACUACGGACUGUCUAUCAAGUAUGGUGCGUCACAUGGCUGUAUUCAUCUUCAGAGUUUAAUUAAUCGAUCACUUUUAUAUCUAGAAAAGUUUCAAAAUUAUGAAUCAGCAAUAGCUGAUUUGUGUAAUGCAAAAACUAUAUUAGAGGCUAUGAUAGAAAAAUUACAGCAGAAAGACAAUGACAACAUAUCGCGAAGUAGUUGUACUCAUGCUGGUAAUAGCACCAUUUACAAUGCCAGUCUCCGUAUUAAAAUUAUGCAUACAUUGGGUAUUUGUCAUCAAAAACUGGAACAUUAUGUUGAGGCAGAACAAAUAUUCCGUCAUUUAACGCUAUCAGAACCUGGAUUCCUUCAAGGACAUAUUGGACGAGCUAACUGUUUAAUGGAUUAUGGCGGUUAUAUGAUAAAAACUAACUUGGGUGAUUCAAAAUCAUUAUGGGAAGAAGCAUUAGUUGUCUAUGAAUUUGCUAAUAGAUUGGAUGAAUUCAAUUUAGAAGCGAGUAUAGGCUUAUCUAUGUGUUUGCAGGUUCUAGGACGCUUAAAUGAUGCAUUAAAACAAAUUACACACAGUUUAGAUAUUUAUUAUAACAAACAACAAUCUGGUGGUGGUGGUGAUGAAAUAAUCAACAGGGGACAAAAUUCAUCACAGUGUAGUAAUGUAUUGUUGGCUAAUGCACAUGACUGUCGUGCAAUCAUUUACUUACAACUAGGUAGACCACAACGUGCUAUUGAUGAUCUUACUGUUUCAAUUCGCUUAAAUCGAUAUGCUACUAAGUAUUUAAUCAAUCGUGGUGUGGCUUAUCUGAUUAAUAAUCAAUCGAUGCCAGCAAUGAUAGAUUUCAGAAAGGCAAUUCAAAUUGAUCCUAAAAACAGUCUAGCCAAUUACCAUCGUGCAUUGAUCUACCUACAUCAUAGUCAAUUUGAACAAGCUGAAAAUGCAGUGAAUAUUGCCCUGCAGGAACAAUGUCUACCAUUCAACUGUUAUCAGUUAGAUCCAAUGAACUUAGAUCCAAGUGUAUGGUUACUACGUUCUAUUAUUCAUUUGUUGAAAUACAAAUCAAAUGAUACGCGUAGCAGGAUAUUACAAGAGGCGUUGAAUGAUGUUUGUAAGGCAGAAGAGUUGAUUUCACCAAGAAGAAUGCAUUAUAGCAUAACUCAAUGGCCUCAUUUACACUAUACUAAAGGUCGAAUAUUAUAUGAAUUAAAUUGUUAUAAAGAUGCAGAAGAAGAGUAUACUAAAGCACUGCGUUUAUUACCGUAUAAUCAAUUCAUCUAUGAAGCACGUUGUCAGUGUCGUCAGCAAAUGUAUCGCGUUGGUUUAAUUAACUCUUAUCAGGAGGCGUUGACCGACUACAGGUUAUCACUUCUGGCCAGUACUGUGACAACUCAGUAAAUAGACUAGUUAUUUCAUGGUCCGUUUCAAUAUGAUCUUGGAUAAUAAUAGAUUAUACAAUCUAUACGAAAUCAUUCAUAAAUAUCUCGAAGUGAUUGAAUUCUGCUCGAUGAAUAUCCUCAUUAGCUACUUUUGCUUUGACAUACUCUAAAUUCUUGUAUUUAUAAAUGCUU